AUGGCGUUCUACCUGCGUAAAUCUACGUUCUACGGAGAUGACCGCCACAACUCGGUUGGCCGUCAUGGUAAUCCCUUUUCCUUCUAUAAACUCGUCUUUUCACGAUCUUGUAUCACUCUGAACCAUGUCCAAGUAAGUCCUGUGCUUCUACACAAUAACCCCGCUAACAUCCUCAGGAACACUCUCAAGCUGAAAGCACUCCUCAUCGACCUGAACGGCACCCUCCACAUCGGCUCCGACCCCACGCCUUCUGCCGUUCAAGCCCUCACUCGCCUACGUCAAGCCCGCAUCCCAUUCAUAUUCUGCUCCAACUCUACCAAGGAAAGCAGCUUGUGUCCGCUGGGGAAGCUGAAGGGGAUGGGGUUUGAGGCGAGGAAGGAAGAGUUGUUGACGAGCUUGGGAGCUUGCAAGAUGCUCGUCGAGGAGAGAGGAUACAAGCGACCUUUAUUGCUCAUGUCGCCUUCUGCGCAAGAAGAGUUUGCUUCCUUCUCCGACUCGGCGCCAUACGAUUCUGUCAUUCUCGGCCUUCACCCCCAAUCCCUCUCUUACGAACCCCUCAACCGCGCCUUCCGCGUCUUGAAAGGCGAACCUCUCUCUACUCAGGACUCAGAGGAUAAAUCAAAAGCAGAGCCAGCUCUGAUAGCGCCCCACGCGGCAAUGUACAUGCAAGACCCCGGCUCGUCUUCUCUCCUGCCAGGCCUGAGUCUGGGUAUCGGUCCCUUUGUCCGUGCGCUGGAAGAGUCAACGGGGACGAAGGCGGAGAUUGUAGGUAAACCUACAAGGAGCUUUUUUGAGCUCGCUCUGGAACGGCUGAAAGCGCUAGGUGGGGAAGAGUGGGAUGUAGGAGAGGUGGCAGUGGUGGGGGAUGACGUGGAGAAUGAUCUGGGAGAGGGUGCCAGGGAGCUGGGUUUGAAGAGAGUGCUGGUCAAAACAGGCAAGUAUCGUCAAGGCGUCGAGAGGACGACAGAGUACCCGCCGGAUCAUGUUUACGAUACGUUUGCGAAUCUAGUAGAUGAUCUCGCCCAGCAAUAG